CGUUCUCCACCGUGCUCGGCUGACAUGGAUCUGCUAAGAGCCCAGCAGCUGGCUGCGGAGCUGGAGGUGGAGAUGAUGGCCGAUGUGUACAACAGGAUGACCAGCGCCUGCCACCGGAAGUGUGUGCCUCCCAACUACAAGGAAGCAGAGCUGUCCAAAGGCGAUUCUGUGUGCCUGGACCGAUGUGUAUCCAAGUACCUGGACAUCCAUGAGAGGAUGGACAAAAAGUUGACAGAGUUGUCAAUGCAGGAUGAAGAGCUGAUGAAGAGGGUCCAGCAGAGCUCUGGUCCGGCGUGA